UUCCCUCCUCCUCCCGCCCUCUCAUUCAAGUUUGUCCCUCUGCGCGAUCCGUUUGUCGUCCGAAGAGAGGAGGAAAAAAAGAAAAAGAAAAAGGCGAAGACCGAGAGCGACGCUUGCAGCUGAUGUACCGCUGGCUUAGAAAUGGAGGGCGACACCACUGUCCGGAGAAUAAAACCCUUCGGGACUCAACAAUACGUCGCUCAGGAUAAUAACGGAGCCCAGGACCGCUGCGAGAACAACGGCUACAACGGUGAGCCGAAGAGGAAGCCCGAAGUGAACCUUUACCUGCUGCGAGAAGGGCUCGCAGCUUCCCUGGUCUCUGUGUUUAUUUUGGUGUUGUGGGCACUCGUUCACUUGUCUUUGCAGCAGCUUGUCAUUGGAAAACCGACGGGCGAGUUCAACGCAGUGAGAGCCAGGCAGCACUUGGAGCAGAUUACUAGUGCUGGCCCUCGGCCUGUGGGCAGCCAGGAGAAUGAGGUCCUGACAGUGGGAUACCUGUUGAAGCAAAUCAAGGACAUCCAGGUCGAGACCGCCGCAGGCCCUCAUCAACUCUCGAUUGAUAUUCAGCGUCCCACUGGGACCUUCUCCAUUGAUUUCCUCGGAGGCUUCACUAGCUUCUAUGAUCACAUCACCAACAUUGCCGUUAGGCUGGAGCCCAAGGGUGGCGCGCAGCACCUCAUGCUCGCCAACUGCCACUUUGACACAGUGGCCAACAGUCCAGGUGCCAGUGAUGAUGCAGUGAGCUGUGCAGUGAUGCUGGAAGUCCUCCAUUCUCUGGCCAACCAGUCAACUCCUCUUAACCACGGCGUCAUCUUCCUGUUUAACGGGGCAGAGGAAAAUGUACUGCAGGCCAGUCAUGGUUUCAUUACCCAGCACCCAUGGGCCAAGCAGGUGCGAGCCUUCAUUAAUUUGGAGGCUGCAGGUGUUGGUGGCAAGGAGGUUGUUUUCCAGACAGGUCCAGAGAACCCGUGGCUGGUCCAAGCCUACGUGCAUGCAGCCAAACACCCCUUCGCCUCUGUGGUUGGCCAGGAGGUCUUUCAGAGUGGUGUCAUUCCCUCAGAUACGGACUUCCGCAUAUUUAGGGACUUUGGUAACAUCCCAGGCAUUGAUCUGGCUUUCAUUGAAAACGGCUUCAUCUACCACACCAAGUACGAUACAGCUAACAGGAUCCUAACAGACUCGAUACAGAGAGCGGGUGACAACAUCCUGGCCGUUCUGAAGUAUCUGGCAAUGUCAGAAAAGUUGGCUGAUUCCUCAGAGUACCGCCAUGGCAAUAUGGUGUUUUUUGACCUGCUAGGUGUAAUUGUGGUAGCUUACCCAGCUCGUGUUGGCACUAUCCUCAACUACAUGGUGGCCACAGCUACGUUCCUCUACCUGGCCAAGAAAGCCUCAAUGCCUGGCCAUGGAGGUGGGCGCUAUGUUCGAGACCUGGCCUGCGCCACAGGUGUAGCAUUGCUCAGCUGGUUUGUCACCCUGUUGUCGGUGCUGAUUGUGGCCCUGCUUGUCACUCUGUUGGGCCGCUCCAUGUUUUGGUACAACCACUUCUAUGCCUCAGUCUGCCUGUAUGGAGCUGCAGCCACUGGCAAGAUGAUACUUAUACACACACUGGCCAAGAACCUGUACUACGGGGGCGUCCGCCUGGUAGAGCUGGGUGACCUUUACUUUGACGUGAGCUUGCUGCUGUGGUGCUGCAGCCUGGUGUGGUUGACCCAACAUGGCCUGUGUUCGGCCUACGCGCCCAUGCUAAUGGUGGCUUUCCCCCUGGCCACCAGACUGCUGCUGGCAAAAGAAUUCAAACACAGAGGAGCAUCAGCGAAGUACUGCGUGCUGUACCUGCUGGGCCUGGCGUUGCCAUAUGUGCACUUCAUGUUUCUCAUCUGGGUGGUGUUUGAGAUUUUCACUCCCAUCAUGGGGCGGAGUGGCACAGAGAUACCCCCCGAGGUGGUGCUGGCCUCCUUAGUCACUCUGGCAACCAUCUUCCUCUCCUCCUUUUUUCUGCAUUUUAUCUACUUGGUGCGUAGCACUAAGCGGAUCAUGGCAGGUCUUGGGUUUGUCUUCACCAUCAUGUUCCUGUUGGUGUCCUGUGGCCUCUUCUUUCCUUACUCGGGCGAUCUAGACAGUCCGCGACCAAAGAGAGUUUUCCUGCAGCAUACAACACGGACCUUCCACAAUCUCCAGGGAGAAGUGGAGAGCCGAGACUCAGGUCUGUGGAUAAACAGCUUUGACUACACGGGCAUGCAGCACAUCACACCCCACAUCCCCGAGAUCAACGAAACGGUUCGGACCCGCUGCAGAGAGGACCGACCUUUCUGUGGUUAUCCCUGGUUCCUGCCUGUCAAGUUCCUCAGCAGGAAGAACUGGUACCUCCCCGCUCCGGAAGUGUCUCCGAGCUCUCCGGUGGAGUUCAGCCUGCUGUCCAAAGAAGAGACGAGCUGGGGAACGAUCAAGAUGACAUUCAGUGUGAAAGGCCCGAGCCACAUGUCUUUGUAUCUAAUGCCUCAUCGAGGAGCCAGCCUCUCUACCUGGUCCUUCGGUGACGGGACGCCUCGAUUUGACCUGAGCGGAGAAUAUUUUAUCUUCUAUUCACAUGGCCUUGACGCCCCCACAUGGACCUUCUGGUUUGAAAUACAGCCUCCCGCAGACCCUGACCCAUCUGGCCCCGAGGGGAUCGUCUCAGUCGCCAUCUCCUCCCACUAUUUCUUUGGGAAAGACCAGAGGACUGCUCGGUUGGAGGAAAUGCUUCACAGGUUCCCUACGUGGGCUUUUCCCUCUUCCUGGGUCAGUACCUAUGACAUGUACCGAUACUGAGGAUGUCACACAUCCACGAGGCUGCUGCAGAGGAGAGCUUUGGCCUACAGGGCUCCACAAGACAGAUGUAGAAGAGAUUACAAGGAAGAAUACAGAGGAGUGACCCCACUGCCUUUUCACUCAAACUGUAACACACACAACACAUGCGAGCUCCACCCCAGCCAGCCUGAGAGACCCCCACCACUGUGUCAAUAGGCACUGUAGUUAACCAAGGAGAGAUGCUUGGUGCUGUGCUCACUCCCGGCUUAGUGAAAGGAAGGGGUUAGUUUUUUUUUUUUCUUCUGUUCUCUACUUGUUCGAUCGUGCCUUUUGCUUUACUUGCUGUAACUCGCUUUUCCUUUCGCUCACAUCCACCCUCGCUCUUCCUCACUAACGCCAGUGUUCCUCCCGAACAACUAACACCGCACGGCUACCUCCACUGCUCUUUAUCAGCAAAACCACUCUGAACGUUGUCAUAUUAAAUGUGUCUACCAACCGCGCUGUGCAUCGCAGGGUGCAAUAACACAUGAUGGAUGAGUUCAACCUGUUCUCUCCUCCUCUGAAUUUAACCGGAUACUUUGAAAGUCACUUGUCAUUAACCUGCACUUGUUUUAAUAGUUUGAUUUACUGACUUGCCCUUCUUUACUAAGACCACUCAUUUUUAUUUUUUUUAAUUUUUGAAGCCACGCGUUUUAACGAGGAAUGUAACGCCUGCUUAAACUGUCGGAGGACAUGGCGUGCAGACAGAAAACUGUUAAAUGAAAACAGAUGUCUGAAUUCAAGCUGUUCUGGAAGUGGUGGUUAAAUCCGGAGGGCAGUGUAAUUUCACUUGAUGUGUUUAUGCAGUUUAAUUUUGUUUUAGGGUUUAAGAUUGUUCAGGAUUACCCCCCCCCAGUCCACAGGGGGGUGUACCUUUGCAUCCGUUUCAUAUUUGUUCCUACUGUAGUAAUAACGGCACUUUUUUUUUCUUCUUCUUUUUUAAGAGCAGGGGGGGGGG